CGCCGAUGCCACAGCUACAGCAGGGAUGGGCGUGGUGACGUGGCUGUUGGUGGGGGCGGUGGUGGUGCUGGUGUGGGCAUACUCCCGCCGGUGCCACAGCUAUUGGUCCUCAAGGGGCAUCAUCUCCCCGCCAGCCGUCACGUUCCUGGGCCACACACACGAGCUCUUCUCCUCCCAGCGUCGGUUCUUCGUGGAUAAGUUUUAUCGCAAGUAUCGGAGGCACAAGAUCUGGGGCGCUUACGAAUUUCUGAGCCCCGCCCUCAUCGUAGCUGACCCCGACCUCCUCAAACACUUCCUGGUGAAAGACUUCGAGCAUUUCGUGGAUCGGCGCGUCGUCGGGGACCAGCCGGGCUCCAUCAUGAGUAAGGUGCUCAGCAACAAGCGCGGCGACGACUGGAAGGAGUUGCGCUCCCUCAUGUCACCCACGUUCUCCACGGGCAAGAUGCGCGGCAUGUAUCACUUGGUCUGCGAGAAGGUGCACAGCCUCGUGUCCUUCUGCCUCAAGAAAGCCGCCAACAAUCGGCCCGUGGACAUGAAGGACAUGUUUAACCGCUUUAGUAUGGACACAAUAGCCUCUUGUGCUUUUGGCAUUGACUGCAACUCUUUCUCUGACUCGCAGCCUAUAUUUGCCGAAAAGGCAGAGGCGUUCUUCAGAAUUGAAGGGUUGAGAAAGAUGAAAUUUGCUUUGAUGGUAACCAUGCCUAGGCUGUACACUGCCCUAGGACUCAAAGCAGACACUCCUGAAAUGGAAUUUUUCGCCAAGGUAUCCAGGGAGGCCACAGCGGCUCGGGAGAAGGGGCGGCAGAGGCGUGGAGACUUCCUGGAUAUUCUGCUGGAGGCGCGGGACGCUGAAGAUGGUCUUCAUUCCGGCAAGAGAGUGCUUGAUGAGAACACGUUGGUGGCCCAGAGCGUUCUCUUCCUGAUGUCUGGCUACGACACCACCGCCGUCACCGUCACCCUCGCCAGCACCCUUCUGGCCAGGUAUCCCCGGCACCAACAACGCCUCCGUCACGAGAUGCAAGAACUUGUGAAGGAACACGGCUCCGUCACCUACCAGGGGGUCAUGGAGGCCAAAUUCCUGGACGCCUGCCUGAACGAGACGCUGAGACUAUACCCGCCCGGCACGAUGGUGGAGCGGGAGUGCACCAAAGAGUACAGUGUUCCCGGCACCGACCUGAUCCUGGAGCCCGGGACGUUGAUCAUCGUCCCCGUCUGGAGCCUCCACCACGACCCGCAGUACUGGCCCGACCCCGAGGAGUUCAGGCCGGAGCGUUUCCUGCCCAAGAACAGAGACAAGAUCCAGAGCUUCACGCACAUACCCUUCGGCAUGGGUCCCAGAAACUGCUUCGCAAUGCGAUUCGCCCUCAUGGAAGUCAAGGCGGCCCUGGCUCACCUCGUCUUGGUGGCUGACUUGCAGUUGGCGCCCGGACAGGAGGAGCUGCGGUUCGAAAACUCUCCCUUGACCCUCAGACCCAGUAACGGCGUGACGAUGUUGUUGACGCCGCUGACGGAGAAAUGAAGACAACUCUUACAAGACGGCGGAGUUUAGGCAUCAGAACGCAAGCUCAUUUUCAGAUUCCUCAGCUUUCGUUAAUAGUUAUAUAAGACGUCCUUUUUUGGGGUAGUUUUUUGGUUACGAAUCUUAUCAAUGCAAUUACUAAGGAAAAUGAAGAUGGCAAUGCCGCGUGGGGAUCAUCUAGUGACGGUUUCGCUAUUUUUGGUCCCCUGGCGUUCACAUAGCAGGUUACGGUUAUCGAAACACACAGCCAAAAGGUUACACUAACGCACCUAAACCGACCUGAAAAAAAAAAAAAAAUCUUCCUUUAAGAUGUGUACCGCGAAAAAUCCAAUCAGCAAAAUACAUACCACCAAAAUGAAUACUCUACCCGCUAUGCAAACUCCAAUAAUGCAAACUAACCAGAAUAACAAAGCUCCACCCAGUAUUAAUCUAACUCUACCAAACAGUUUCCUGGCAAAAUUUCUCCGCCAAUUCUACAACACAGACAAACCAAACCAAUUCCUGAACCUACCAAAAAAGCAAAAUUUCUUCUCCAAUAAGCAACCAAGAUCCACCAAGAGGCAACAUAACACCCCCACCAAACAACCUUCUGGCCCAACCAAAAGUGAACAUAGCCCCCCCUCCCCUACCCCCCCCCCAAAAAAAAAAGGCGACCUAACCUCAUCAAACAACUUCCUGGCCAAGCAAAAAAGCAACCUAGUCCCGCCAAAUAGCAACCUUCUCCACCAAAUAAUUUCCCGGUCCACCAAAAUCCGGAAAAUUUGCCCCAGUAAAAAACUUCUGGAAUAAAAUAAGGUCAUUCUUUUGGCAUCUACCGCUUGACUAAUAGAUGCAGCAUUUUUUUUUCUUGUACAGUAAAGGAAACAACUUAAGGGCAAAAAAAAAAAAGUCCGUUGGUAUUAUUUUCUUAUUUUCUGUUAUUUAUCUCUUGGUCAGCUUCUCUUAGCACUUUAAUAAGUUCACGGGGAUUCUUAAGCUGUUGUUGGGGUCAUGAGUGUGUCUCUCCGAAGGGCAGGGAAGCGGAGGGAAGGGGAGGACCCGUCACAACACCUUGCCAUUGAUGACGUGUGACGGAGCCCAGGUGUUCCGUCCCACCUCGGAGGCGAUAGUUCUGAGUCACGGUAUUGUCGUUUCCAGCAGGUUUCCAUCCCUUCUCGGCCUUGAGGAGGGCUCGCUCGCUAGGCGCUCCGGGCACACAAUGGCCCAAAAAUAAGGGUUCGUCCUUCAGCCGCGAAUGUGAUAUUAAAGAGACGAGUUCCGGCACGCCAGCGGCCGUCUCGUGUGUUGAGAAGUUCGUUAAGGCGCAGCAGGGGAUGAAAAGGAUGUCAGGAGCAAAGAAAAGAAAGAGGUCAUCAGAAUGUGCUUUCACAAUGUGUGUACCUGUUCUCAGAGAGAUUUAUUCUCUCGUCACAGUUAUUGUAUUUGGUUUUAUUUCCACCUUUCAAGGCCUUGUUAAGGAAUGAAGCAACGAAAGGCAGGUAUAACGGUCCGUAUGACGAGGCAAGUUAGUGAUCUAGUAAAGCACCAAGGACAUAAAUCAACAAACAAAUUUAAGAUAAAUAAGUAAAUUUAUAUAAUUUAUAAAUACAUAUAAAUAAUAUAUAAUUGAAUAAACGUAUAUAUAAAUAUAAUAAAGAAAUAACAUUUAAGUCAACAGGCAUACAUAUAAAUGCAUAAAUAUAGUACGCAGUAAUGCAUAAAUGAAUAAAGAUUAUAUAAAUGAAUCUAGUAAUUUUCAGUGCACCUGUGGCGGCCUUCGCCACAAACUCAUUCACGCGGCGCGGGACGGGAGACUCGCUGACAGAUGAUUGGUUGUUGGUCUAAGCGCUAGAUCCAAGGCGGCCGACAGCGAAUAAUCACGAGACGCGGAGUGGCAGACACGCUGGUAGCUGACUGACUAGAACUGGUGCUUGAUCCUGUAGCGCCCUAUAAAUAGCCGUGUCUCUCGCUAAUAAAUCAGUUGCUGUCAGAUCA